UUGUAUCCUGUAACAUAUAAUGUGACGUCUGUCGGCACUUGUAUUUCCGGGUUGUUGGAGGAUCGCGUCAAAGUGAGCGCUCUGCUCCCUCAGAGGAUCUUUGUAGCGGACACAGAAUGGCAGGCUGCGCGUGGAGGUCAAUGCUGUCCCAGGUGGUGGGCGGGGCCAUGAGGAGACCCGCUCUGUCCUCAGCUUCCUUCUCCAGAGGGAUGCAGACAGUCACACUGAUCCCAGGCGACGGGAUCGGACCUGAGAUCUCUUCGUCAGUCAUGAAGAUCUUUGAGGCAGCGAACGCUCCGAUCAGUUGGGAGGAGCGAAACGUGACGGCGAUAAAAGGACCCGGCGGGAAGUGGAUGAUUCCCCCCGACGCCAAAGAGUCGAUGGACAAGAGCAAGAUUGGACUGAAGGGACCCCUGAAGACGCCCAUCGCCGCCGGGCAUCCCUCCAUGAACCUGCUGCUCAGGAAGACCUUUGACCUCUACGCCAACGUGCGCCCCUGUGUCUCCAUUGAGGGCUACAAGACUCCGUACACCGACGUCGACCUGGUCACCAUCCGGGAGAACACGGAGGGCGAGUACAGUGGCAUCGAACACGUGAUCGUGGAAGGUGUGGUUCAGAGCAUCAAGCUGAUCACUGAGGACGCCAGCAGGCGCAUCGCGGAGUACGCCUUCGAAUACGCUAGGAACAACCAGCGGAGCAGCGUGACGGCCGUCCACAAGGCCAACAUCAUGCGCAUGUCAGACGGUCUGUUUCUGAGAAAGUGUCGUGAGGUUGCAGAGAACUUCAAAGAUGUCCGCUUCACUGAGAUGUACCUGGACACCGUGUGUCUCAACAUGGUCCAGGAUCCAACCCAGUUCGACGUCCUGGUGAUGCCGAAUCUGUACGGAGACAUUCUGAGUGACCUGUGUGCCGGUCUGAUCGGGGGACUCGGGGUCACGCCCAGCGGGAACAUCGGAGCCAACGGAGUCGCCAUAUUCGAAUCGGUCCACGGCACCGCCCCCGACAUCGCCGGCCUCGACAUGGCCAAUCCCACCGCCCUGCUGCUCAGCGCCGUCAUGAUGCUGCGUCACAUGGGUCUCCACGACCACGGCAACAAGAUCCAGACAGCGUGUUUCGACACCAUCAGAGACAAAAAGGUGCUCACUAAGGAUCUGGGAGGAAACUCCAAGUGUUCAGAGUUUACGGCUGAAAUCUGCCGUCGAAUUCAGGAUCUGGACUGAAGCUGCUGCCGGAGCCCGAGGCCCCGCCCACCUGGACCAGCUCCAUCACAGCCCCUCCCCCCUCCGUCUGCUGGGGUCUUUCACCUGUUUUCACCUGUCUGUUGCGUUAAUGAUGAUGUAGAAGGGGCGGGGCUUCUGCAGGAAGCUGUGUGAGUCACGUGACAAAACAUUCUCUGCAAACACGCACAAGUUUGACCAAUAGUGAGCGACCUCAUCGUCUCUUCAUCAGAAUAUUAUGAAUAAUGAGUAAUAUGAAUAUCAGUCUGCCUGUGUCACCAUGACACCUCUGGAUAUGUGCUAUUUUUUUUAACAGUGAUGCAGUUUUGACUUAUUUAUUGUUUCUACUUCCUGUUACGGUGUCGCGCUGCUGCUCGGUGUCAGACUUCGAAAUAUGAGCUUUAUAAAAAAUGUUUAUUUCAACUAAGCUUCUCAUCUAAUUAAAAAGAAAGGGCUUUUCAACUGUUAAAGCUGAUGAA